AUGCGCAUCACCAAUGCAUUCGCCCUGACUGGGCUCGCUCUUUCCACCUCGGUCAAUGCCAUCGUCAACGGCACUGAAGCCACCGCCCUCGAUUACCCCUCUAUCGCUGGCCUCUACUCCAGCAGCUGGUUCGGAGACAGUUUGAUUUGCUCAGGUGUUGUCGUUGGCGAAUACACAGUCCUCACAACUGCACACUGUGUCGACGGCUCAAGUGCUUCCAACCUGAAGGUCCGCGUUGGCACUGCCGAUCGAACCACCGGAGGCGCUCUCAUUCCAAUCUCCAAAGUCACUAGCCAUCCAUUCUACAGCUCCAGCACCAUGGACUAUGACUAUGCCGUUCUACAUAUGGCCCAAAGCGCCCUUGAAGUCAGCGGUGUUGCCGCCGCGCUGCUGCCGUCGACGGACGAUGCCACCGGCGAUGAUUACCCACUCCGAAUCGCUGGCUGGGGCAUGGAGGCUUCUUCUUCCAAAACUCUUCCGACGUCGCUGCACCACGUCAACAUGGUGAGCGUCGAACAAAGCAAGUGCAACGAUUUAUGGGCGGAUGACAAUCCCAUCACCAAGAACAUGAUGUGUUUCCAGCCGGAUGUGCCUCUGGCGCCUGGAACCUCUGUCUGCAAUAGUGACGAGGGGGGUCCGAUUGUGGACGAGACUGGUCAAACUGUGUUUGGCAUGGUUAGCUAUUUCGCGAAAGAUUGCUCUGCCUCUCCUCGCCCGAACGUCGGAUCCAACCUCAAUGAUCAGUCUGCUAAGGAUUGGAUCAAGAACAUGAUCAAAUAA